GUCUAUUCUAAAAAUAGCUACACAAGCGCCUCAAUCAGAGACUAUGGUUGCAAUAUGUAUGUAGACCCGGAUGGUCACACACAACGGUGACACGCAAAUGAAAGUGACUGCAACAGAUACAGGGUUACAUCGCUAAUAACUUCGAAGUGAACACCAUAACAUCCACAGUAACGGAAAUGCAAAGCCAACCACAGAAUCCUGACUUUGUUACUGAAACACAUGUAGUCAUGGACCAUGAGGGAGAAUUGUUGGGGAAAGGGGACCGCAAGAAACACUCUGAAACUGACACGCAGGAGUCAGUAGAUCUCAAGACACACUCUGUUGCCGACGCGCAGGAAACAGGUGAUCUCAAGAAACUAUCUGUUGCUGACAUGCAGGAAACAGGUCAUCUCAAGAAACUAUCUGUUGCUGACAUGCAGGAAACAGGUCAUCUCAAGAAACUAUCUGUUGCUGACAUGCAGGAAACAGGUCAUCUCAAGAAACUAUCUGUUGCUGACAUGCAGGAAACAGGUCAUCUCAAGAAACUAUCUGUUGCUGACAUGCAGGAAACAGGUCAUCUCAAGAAACUAUCUGUUGCUGACAUGCAGGAAACAGGUCAUCUCAAGAAACUAUCUGUUGCUGACAUGCAGGAAACAGGUCAUCUCAAGAAACACUCUGUUACUGACACGCUUGAAACAGGUGAUCGCAAACAGCACAAGUAUUGUGGUGGCCCAGCGAAGCAGUCUCAGUGCAGUGAGUGUGGAAAAACAUUUACGAAAUCACGUAACUUGAAAAGGCACAUGCUUUGUCACAGUGAAGUCAAGCCUUAUCAGUGUGUUGAAUGUGGGAAAACAUUUGUACAAUCAGGUGACCUGAAGAAACACAUGAGGAUUCACAGUGGAAACAAACCUUAUAAGUGUAGUGUAUGUGAGAAAACAUUUACAGAAUCGGGUACUCUGAAGAGACACAUGAGGACUCACAGUGGUAUCAAGCCAUAUCAGUGUGUUGAAUGUGGGAAAACAUACACUGAAUCAUAUGUUCUGCGGACACACAUGAGAAUACACAGUGGAAUCAAACCUCAUCAGUGCACUGUGUGUGAGAAAACAUUUACAGAAUCGGGCACUCUGAAGACACACAUGAGGAUUCACAAUGGGAUCAAGCCCUAUCAGUGUGUUGAAUGUGGGGAAACAUUUACACAAUCACGUAGCCUGAAGUCACACAUGAGUGGUCACAGUGGAAUCAAGCCUUAUCAGUGCAUCGUGUGUGAGAAAACAUUUAAAGACUCAUAUUACUUGAAGACACACAUGAGGAUUCACAGUGGGCUCAAGCCUUAUCAGUGCAUCGUGUGUGAGAAAACAUUUUCUCUCUCACGUAAUCUGAAGACACACAUGAGGAUUCACACUGGAGUCACGCCGUAUCAGUGUGUUGAAUGUGGGAAAGGAUUUUCACAGUCAGGUAGCCUGAAGAGACACAUGAGGAUUCAUAGUUAAAUCCGUUAAUUUCAUUAGUGAAUGAGUGUACAUUACAACUGAUAUAUGCUAAGCCAAGCGACGUGUUUUCGGUUAAUCCUUUAAUCCAUGCAUGGGCUUUUGACACCUGCAUAACGACAGAUGUUGCAGGGUCCAGAUUUGACUCCCUCCAUAUGUAUACGUUUUAUUAUUAUUCAAAAGAAUAUCUUCAAGGAGAUGAGACAAGUGUGUGCUAACCCCCCAUUUUUCAACAACAUGUUGCUCUAUCAUUACUCAAAAUUGUUGAUUAUGUACACAUGAGAAAAGGUUGUGAAAGUAAAUAAUUUAUUUCAAUGUAUCAGUUUAUUGAUGUAAAAUAUGGGCCAUGUUCGGCAAUGAUUUGGGGCCGUUGCCCUUCACUAAUAGGACGACGAUGGCAGUUGCAGAAACAAUUCACUAAAGUUGGACCAGACUUUCCGAUAUUCCGUUUUCGUGAUUUUACUUUCAUAUUGACGUUUGCUUAUUUCAUUGUCAAUUCAAGAGAUUCAUGCUUUACAUUUGCCCGAUUUUUGUGAUCGAGGAAAUAUGCAAACCAUAUGCAGGUUACAGUCUGAAGUGAAGGCAUCUAUACACUGCAAUGGAGAAAUGUGCAUAAUAAAUAAGAUCCAUAUCUGGG